AUGGAUCAAGUCACUACCUUGUCACUUUGCUCAGUAUGCCAGAACACUCUUCAAUCACCAAGGCGUUUGGUUUGCGGCCACGGCUUCUGCUUCACGUGCAUCAGAUCAUAUCUUGAAGAGUUUAAUGGAAAGUCGACUUAUCCUUGUCCGAAAUGUAAGCAUUGCAUAAAUGCUGACCCGGAAGUAGAUGAUACAUACAUCAAGUCCCUUCCGGAAGAUGAUGUAACACAGGAAUUUAUAUUAGCCAAAGAAAAAAACAUCGAAUGUAAGUUUCACCUCCGUGCUGAUAUAGACAGUUACUGCAAGACAUGUGUCGUGCCUUUGUGUGUUCUCUGUCGACAAGAAGGGCAUACCAACUGCGAAAUUAUCAGGCCUGGCGAACAGCUAAAAGAAGUAUUCGAAGAAAUUAAAGAUGUCUUAAUGAAGAAAUUGCGACAAAUGGUGUCAGAGUUUACGGACACUCAUGGUACUUUAUUGCCAAAAGGAAGACAACUCCUAAUGGAAAAAGAACAGACGGCGUUAGGUAUCUCGGAUUAUUUCUCAGAUCUUCGACAGAAAGUAACACAAUAUCUCCUCCAACAGGAACAGAAAGUCCAAGAGGAUUUAGAUCAUUUGGUGUCGCUAGAAAAGGAUCUUCUUGCAGAAGAUUUGAAAUUAUGUACGACAAUGUUAGAAGAUGUGGAGGAGAAGUCAAAGAUAUAUAAGAAAAUUUGCGAUGCCUCCGAUAAAAUUUGUGAAACAUCUAUGUUUCGAAUUUGUUCCGGAAUGAACCGACAUCUCAUUCAAAUGAAUUCCAUGAAAAACAAAUUCUUACUGGAUCCACCAGAAACACGUUUUAUCAUCAAUACUGAGCUGGAAGACGCCAUGACGUCAUCAGAUCUUAUAAAGAUAGAAGUUCUCAACACAAGACAGUACGACCAUCGGAAGGAUACUACUAUAGUCCACAACGAAGAAAGACCAAUUGAAGAAGUAACUGAAGAAAAUUCAAGCGAUGUUAACGACCAAGAUAGGACAGAUAACUCUAAUAGUUCAUCAAGUUCUGUUACAUCUGAGACCGAGAGCGAAUCUGACCAGGAAAACGAUGAAAUCACUGAGACUUGUCAUAAUACUGAACAAAACAACGUUUUUAUAGAAAUAAGCAACACCGAAGAACCACCGCCACCAUACCCAGGGAUUUUCUCAGAACAGAGUUCAAGGCAAACUCCUCAACAACAAGAGGAACCUAGAAUAUACCCAACUGGUGAUCAGACGAAGCCUGCUUUAUCUGACGUCAUUUCUGGGAGCUCACCGAGGCAAUUCCAUCAUCUCCGUCCUAUACCCUCAGCUCCGCUUCCAAAUUUGAUGGAUAGAACUGAGGGUAGUUCAUGGUCUACAGAAUCUGAGGACCAAGCUAGACCUCCUCGCUCACCGCAACCAGUUCGGUAUGCAAUCUCUGGCAGACCUCGGGUCUCUAGCGAACGAUCUCCUCAACCUCAGAGACGUCAUCAACACCACCAUCCUAAUCACCACCAAUCAGUGGACAGAACGCGAUCACGUGACAGACCAGGUACACGUCUUUGUCUACAAAUGUGUUGGAAAGCUUCUUCUACAGCAAUUGGAGAUAUGAAGCCACCAAGGAUAUUUGGACUCGCCUGGAUUGACCACGAGUAUCUACUUCUGGCAGAUAGAUGGAAUCACCGACUUAAGGUCGUUCACAGCAGUGGAAAUGUUGUUCAUGUUUUCUCUCUUGGGAAUUUCCAACCCUGGGAUAUCGCCAAUAUGCCUGAAAAGUACAGCGCCAUUACAGUUCCAGAUGCUAAGAUGAUUUAUAUUAUGUUUUUCAUAAAACCAGACCUUAUGAUUAAGAGAAAGAUAGCAACAAAGAAAGGUUACUCUGUUCUAACCUACAAUCCAGACGAUAGGACUUUUAUUGGAGCCACAUUGUCUCAGUUUUUUUCACCGCCCGGGAUCGACAUUCUGGACAGUGACGGCCGUAUAUUAACAUCUUGUUAUCCAGAAAAUACCGGAAGGACUUUCCUCUCGUACCCUCGUGGCAUUUCAAUGGUUGACGACAGGAUCAUGGUCACUGAUUUUCAGAAAAAGAGUGUGAUAUUCGUGAAAAUGUCGGGACGUGGGCACAUUUUCCAGAAAUAUCAAGGGACAGAGACCUUUCCACUUAGAGAGCCGAACGGGUUGGCUCUUAAUCCUCGUGAUCGAUAUGUUAUUGUAAUCGAUUCCCGCUCUAACCGCCUACAUGUAGUUUCUCCAUCCGGGCGAUUUUUGGGAAUGGUAGAAACGGAGCUAGACAAUGAUGAACCUUGCAAAGCAGCAAUAUUUGUUCACCGUGACUCCAAACCAAUGUUAGCUAUAGCUUAUUCUAAUGGAAACGUGGCAACUUACGUAGUCAAUAAUAGAUCAUAG